AUGUUGAUCAACAUCAAACUUAUGCUGCAUUGUUGUCGACAAUUUUUCUCAAACUACUUGUUCUGCCCAUCUUGCAAUAUAUAUAUUGAUCUGUUCUCCGAUCUGCCUGUUGUUGUUGGCUUGUUGCUGCUGCUGCUAGCAGCUGGUAAUGUGGAGUGCCGGCGCCAUGGCGACAGCGACUCUGACCGGCAGUAUAAGCUGUUCGUGUUCGGCGACGACUACGCCGACACCGGAAACUACCCGCUAGCAGACUUGUCCAAGACGACGCGUGCCUGGUAUUACCCGUACGGCAGCAAUGACAAGGACCACGGCAUGAGUGCAAGCGGCCGCUUCUCCAACGGCUUGGUCCUACCUGAUUUCAUCGCGAGGAUUCUGGGGCUGGACGAGUCCCCUCCGGCUGAAAGGAGUCGGGAGCAGGACGGGGUCGACCCGUCCGGCAUGAACUUCGCCGUGGGCGGCGCCGGCGUCGUGGAAGGGACACACGAGGCACCCAAGCUCGGCACUCAGGUAGACAAGUUCAGGAGGCUAGUCAGGCACGGCAUCAUCGACAAAGACCUCACGGAUUCCGUCGCGCUCAUCGCCUUCUCCGGCAAGCGCGACUACGCACGCGUCAACGACAUGACCAGCUCCGAGAUCAACGCCAUGGCCCAGGACGUGACAGACAAGAUCGCCGACGCCGUGGAGCAGCUGAUGGACCUGGGUGUGGAGAAGGUGCUGGUGAGCACGCUGCCCCCGAUCGGCUGCACGCCGUGGCUGUCGAGGUCCAGCGACCACAGCGGCAGCUCUUGCGACAGCCAGAAGGUCUCCAGCAUCCACAACGCGUACCUCGAAGAGAAGGUGUUUAAUGACGCAGCCGUCUUCAACCUCGACCUGACAACGAUGUUCAAGCGCCUCACCUCCGGUUCCGGUUCCCUGUCGAAGAAGUUCAAGCACAAGCUGGAGCCAUGCUGCGAGAUCUUCGACCAGAGUGAGUACUGCGGCCAGAUGGAGGACGGCGUCGCGGCGUACAGCUUGUGCUCCACGCCGGACAAGUACUUUUACUGGGACGACAUCAACCCGACGCAUGCCGGCUGGAAGGCCGUCGUGAAGGAGCUCGAGGAGUCCAUCAAGAACUUCCUAUAG